GGCUUCGCACUGUGUUAAACAAGAUUAUGGGAUGGACGGGAUGGACGGGAUGGGAUGAGGAGCUUUCCCAGCCCAACCGCGACGAGAGCAUAACGCCUAUUUGUCGGCUCGGAUGCAGCAGCAUCCUCUCAAACGCACUGCUUCACUACAGUCAGUUCUGUCUCAACCCGUAAAGGAUGCCGUACCCUGCCGGAGCAUUCAUGCAGCCCAACAAGAAGCCGUGCGACAUUUCUGCAGAAAUAAGUAUGAAGAUGCACUGAACCUCACUGUGAUUUACACUGCAUGGGACCAGCACUAGAAAGAAAGAGGGAGUCAAACUAAAAACUCUCUCAUCCGACUGCUUCGUUUUCAACUUGAUACCGAGGCAUGGGAGUCGUCGGCUUGGAUGCAGCUCCACACCGGCUUCAGAAGUUGGACAGGCAGAGAUUUAAUUGCCAUGACUCUUGAAUACGGACAGGACUUCCAACGCAGUGCAGACGGCGUGCAGUAUUUUAGAGUCCUUAAGGUGGACUUCUCAUUUUGUCUGAGUGUCUUUGGAGAGUGUUAUCUGAUCAACGUGUUGCAUUUAAAAUAUAGGCAUCUUUAAUCUGUCUGAGGCAUGGAGGAACAUUGAUCUCUGAAGUGUCCACGGGUGCUCCUUAUUAUUCACAGUAACGGAAUGAAGACACUAUCUUGAUAUGAUGGAUGAUAGAUCCAGUAAGCUCAUUUUAGUUCCUAUUUUAGCUGUCCUUUUUGUUAUGAUAGGUUAUCAGUACAUAUGUCCCGCUGGCAGUAAUUCAUGCCACUUUAAGACUGAGGAGAAAUUUAGAGGGGUGAGUCUACUUUCAACCCCUUAUCAGGACAGCGAUGAUUUCUACAGAGAUCAAGACCUGGAGGAUGAUAGCCCUCCGAAACUAUCGUCGAAAUUCAACUUCACUGAAAGAGACCUUGACAGACACGUGGAGUUCAACAUCAAAGGGGACGACGUGAUAGUGUUUUUGCACAUCCAGAAGACCGGGGGGACGACUUUCGGGAGGCACUUGGUGAGGAAUAUUCGCUUGGAGCAGCCGUGCGACUGCAAGCCAGGGCAGAAGAAAUGCACGUGCCACCGACCGGGGAAAGAAGAGUCCUGGCUCUUCUCCCGGUUCUCUACGGGCUGGAGCUGCGGACUGCAUGCAGACUGGACCGAGCUUACGAACUGUGUCCCUGUCAUUAUGGAUAAGAAGGAGGCCCGGAGGAAUAAAAGGAACUUCUACUACAUCACCAUGCUGCGCGACCCAGUCUCCCGCUACCUGAGCGAGUGGAAACAUGUCCAGAGAGGAGCCACAUGGAAGACCGCCCUCCAUAUGUGUGAUGGACGUUCACCCACCCAGGACGAGCUGCCCACCUGCUACAGUGGGGACGACUGGUCCGGCGUCACCCUGACAGAGUUCAUGAACUGCCCGUCGAACUUGGCGAACAACCGUCAGGUCCGCAUGCUGGCUGACCUGAGCCUGGUGGGCUGCUACAACCUGUCCUCCAUGAACGAAAGCCAGCGCAACCAUAUCCUUUUAAGCAGCGCCAUGAGCAACUUGAAGAACAUGGCUUUCUACGGCCUGACCGAGUUUCAGCGUAAGACCCAGUACCUGUUUGAGCGGACGUUCAGCCUGCGCUUCAUCUCUGCCUUCACGCAGAUUAACAGCACGCGAGCUGCCAACGUGGACCUGAGCGAGACUGUGCGCAAACGCAUUGAGGACCUCAACUACUUGGACAUGCAGCUGUACGAAUAUGCAAAGGACCUGUUCCUCCAGCGUUUCCAGUUCACCCGCCAGAGGGAGCACCAGGAAGUGCGCUUGAAGAGGCGCGAGGAGAAGCGCUGGCUGCGGGAGCAGAGAGACCAGGUCAGGCCUUGGCCGCCCAAACACAGAGGCGGUGGCAACAGAGGCGGGAGAGUGGGAGGAGGUUUUGAGAAGGAAACUGAGAGUGACUUCCCAGCCACCACCGAGGACUACACGAGCCAAGUAGCCCGCUGGUGAGGCGCUGGUCCGAUAAAGAGAGAGGAGCAAGAGAGAGCGGUGGAUGGAGAUUCGCAGUGGACUAGUUAAAAGAAACGUUGGACUCUCUCUUGUGCAUCUUAUGUCUCUCUUUGUGUCUCACCAUUAACCUGUCUGCUGAAUCUAUCUGUUUUGUCAGCUUCAGUGUGAUCCGAGUGCUCCGCUAUUUCUUUAAGAAAACUGCCAAGUUUGAGCCUUGCAGCAGCUCUGUCUUGGAGUACCUUUGGUGUCUUAAUCUUUAAAUGCUGUUUAUUUUUGUCAAUUAAUUAUCGCCCCGGUUCUUUAUAAACUGUUGAAUGAGAUGAUAAAUUGGUGUGAAAGAAAAGAAGACGAAGGAAAAAAAUGCUGCUAGAGACAUUGCAUUGAAUUCUUUUUAUUUAUUUAUUUAGUUUAUUUUGGCAUUCAACAUUGAUGAAUGUCACCGAAGUCAGCAUCUACUGUAUGUUGCAACUGUUAGAAAAUAUGACAUAUGAAAGUUGUGUUAGGGGAACUGGUGGUUGCAUGUCACACAUCCACUUUGUACUUACAACUGGGGAGAGCGAUUUCCAAAAGACACACAGAGUCAAAGUGAAUAGUGAAAACACUGAAUCUGUUUUCCUUUAACUUAAAGUCAGGGAAACCUUCACUUCACAUAUUGUAUGCAUGCAGUACCCAUCCUUUAAACCAAAUUAUAAAAAGGUCUGUCGCUAUUGCUUUGUUUGCUGUGCAAUAUAUAUUUUAUUUUCUCAAGCGCAAUACCUUGCAGACUUUAACCCCCCAGCUCCAAAGACAACACAAAGGCAGUCACACAGCAGUUAGAUGGCAUCCAGCUGAACAAAAUAACUUCAGUCAUUUCCUGUACUGUUGGUAGAACAUUGUAUCUGUGGUGGGGGAGGAGAAAAAAGGCAUAUUUUCUGAGUAAUUCCUUUUUGAAGUAGUCAGUUGCAGAGAUAAAAAGUUGGUAAAUAGUACAGGUGAUGAAAUGUGUCAGUGUGGCUGGUAUGCGGCUUGACUGUGAAUGAGUUGAUCAGCAUUCAGUUCCCAUGCUCCUCCCCGUCACACUGGCUGCUUUUACAUAUUUGUAGAGCUGACGGCAACUGCACUGUGGGCAGUGAGAGCGCUCUAACUCCAGCAGAGUGCCAGGAUACAAAGACAAGCCUCAAAGCAGAUAGUUGGAGAAAAAAAAAAUGUUAUUUCCUCUCCCUGAUAGUUUCCAGUCCCUUGAAUCCAUCAUGUUUUUAUCUGGUUAAAUAGGCUUCAGUGUGAUGCUUUUUAUGUUCCUUAUCUCUCAUUCAGUCACAACCUGUGCUUAUCAAAUUAAAUGUUCACUAAAUGUCAGCACUGGAGUCACACGGCCGCUGCUAUUUUAACACUGAUUUCUCGUGUUUAUUCUCUAAAUGCAGUUGCUUCAAAACACCUCGUGCGGUACAUUUUUGUUUGAUUUUGUCAUGUUUGAAUGAUUCAUCCAGCCGGUGCAGCAAAUGUGUUAAAUGCAUACUGGUGUAGUGUUUAGAGGUGCCUAUAUGGAUAUACUUCAGUUUGGCGAGUGUGUGGAUGGAUGGGGCAGACGAAAGAUGAGGUGUAUAACACAUUAAUAACAGUCAAGUGUUUCAAGUGUACCUAACCAUGUUACAGCUCCAAACACUGAACAGCUAUUUGCAUCAUUUAGAUUUCAUAUAGCCAUGCCAUUUGUGGUGUAUCAGAGGAACAUUGAUUAAGUGUCUGAUUAAUGAUAAUGGGGAUUGCAGGACAUUUUCACCCAAACAAACAUUAAGGUUUUAAGUUUAUUGUUUCUUUAAGUAUCAUAACAUCUUAUUUAAUAAAGUACAAGUAAGGCUUUUUUUUUUUUUACUGUACUUACUAUUUGAAUGGGUGCUUUUCAUCACUGGAUUAUAUUGACAAUACCCUGGCACUCUAGCCCUGAUUAAAAUUAUGUCUCUUGAAAAACCGCCAAAACCGAUUCAGCUUAAAGGCUUUUUGAGAGAGAAAAAAUACUGAUCACACCCGUGGUCCAGUAAGCAUCCCGUCAGUCAAAACUGUGAUAUACAUGAGACUGUCCACUCACUACAAUGCUGUACUACUGUAUAGUAUGUACUGUAUGUCUUGCAUGCUGCACUGUGACAUUUUCUGUACAACCAUAAUGACAACAAAGUUGAUUUGCCUGUGAUGAAAUUGCUAAUGCUGCAUAUCAACUGCAUUGUUACACCCAGCUGGCGACCUGUCCUUUGCUGCGUGAUUGGUGCAGCAGGUGACCAGGUGUCUCACGUUCUGUAGGUGUGCAGAUUGUUUUUCAUUCCCUGCCGCCACGCAUCCCACACAUUUAGACAAUGUCCCAAAUUAAGACUCGAUUUAAUUUGGAAAUUGAACACAUCUCAGAUAAAGCAGCUCAAAACGACAUGAUAAUGAUGUCUUAAAGGACUACUAGACAGAACAAUAGCAAGAGCCCAGGAGCCUACAAUCACAUGAGAUCAAAAACAAAGCAAAAGCUAACUUUUGUACAUUUGUCAUUUGCAUGAUUAUUGCAUUAGUAACAUAUCCCACAAAUCCCACAAAUUUAAUUUGCCAUUUAUUGGCUCAAAGAGGAUGUAUUAUUAUGUUGUUUAAAAAUGGGGAUUUUUCUGAGUUUGUUUGGAAAAAUAUAAUCAGACACAUUAAAGUGAAAAAAAAAAUGCCAAAGUGUUGCAUAAACCUAACCAUAAAAAAAUGUCGGCCUAUCAAAAUCCCACAAAUAAUAGCACAACAGCACAGUCUGAUGUCAGGAAGGGAAAUAAAGUUAUGAGAUAAAAAUCUCUGCAGAAAUUGAGUUUUCAAAGGAGUUUUUAUCUAAAACACUGUUAACAUGAGGAUGAAGGGCCAAAAGACUACAUUUACCAAAAUGCCUGUUUAUGUGUGGACAGCUUUAGUAUUCUGAGUUGUGGUUAUAAAAGCAAUUGUGUGUAAUACAGUACAUAUUUCUUGUUGUACCAUUUAUUGUUGUGUGCAAUCAGCACCAUAAUACAUAAGGUUGUAAUCUAGGUAAGCUAGUGAACUAAUGUGGCAUGUUAGCCAACUGGCAUCUACAACAUGAUGGGAUUCUUACAGUUUUUCUACCUGCUACCAAAAAAUUAUAAAGCAUCUAAUAUGAAAACAGUAUCUAUGGGAUGGAAACAGCCAUCCUGUUAUCACUGACUGGUUAGGUCCUGAAGCUGUGAGCUUUUUGAAUGCAGCUGUCUUGGAUGAGCUGAUACAUUAGCAACCUGCUUUAUCAUCUAUUUGACACAUUUUGGGACAAUAAUUUUCAAAAAUGAACACGAUUGUGUAUUUAAUAAAACUUGAAACUUGCAAAUGAAACCAAGUAUGUCUGGGAAAGUGUGUACUGAGGUCUUAGCUUAAGAGAGCAAUAAAGUUGCUUUCCUAAAGACUUCCAAACCAGAACUGUCGCCAGCUGCUGGCUAGGAUUUUUACUUGCAACAUAUUGUUUUCUUUCACAGGAAGUAUUCAAGACUUCUCCUGAGAUUAUUUAAAUGAAUGGGGAGAGAGCCAUUAUUUUAAUUUCAGUGGUCACUUGGCCAUAAAUAGAUAGGAUUUUUUUUUUUUAAAUGCUUUAAAACAUUGGUGAUUGUCCAAGAGCUACAAAGUGUUUCUCUUUUCCGGCAUUUUUUAUGUGAGCACACACUUACACGGCAUUAUUGCUUAAUUAACAGCUCAUUGCAGAGUGCCAGUCAUGCUGACGUGAUCAACGUCUCUGUGUCAUGUCACUCUCUUAUGAUGUCUCUGGCUGUAUUCCACGUAGCUGAUUGGGCUCCUGUCCCUGUGAUUUUAAUGUGGUAACACCUGUGCUUUUAUGACAACUAAAAGUGUGUGCUGUGCAAAAGCCUAUUGUACUAUAUUAUCUUACAGAGUUUAAAUGCAUUUUUAAGCACUUGGGGUAUGCAUUUCUACUGCUAUCUAACCAUAAGCUGAUUUCUUUUAACGUCAUCAGCUGCCAAAAGGAUGUCUGUGUCUUUAUAUUACAGCCUCUAAUUAACAGUAUAGUAAUUUUAUUGCACAAUUUGGACAGAGGUAAUUGCAGUAGAAGAAAACACGGCACUGGGGAAAUGUAUAAAGCGUUACCAUUUCUGCACUGCAGUGCUGCACUGCUGUGUGAAAGCAGAAUUACAGUGUUCCCCUCAUGACAGAUGGCAUGAGCAGAAACGCCACAUAGCUACUAAUGAAACACUUGUACAGACUCGGGUUUUGUAUAACGUGGGUGUGCAUGUGUGUUGGUAUAUUGGAGGAACGGGAACAGGGGGCAUAGUUGUGUGGAUCUGUUGUUAUUUUGUUUAAAAAUAAGUCAUUACCUAGAAAUGGUGAGUAUCUGUUUUUUCAAAAAAUGAGAUCUCAUCAGUUUAUGGAUCCAGUUUUUUGUUUUCUAGUUGCAGGGUGCACUUUCUUCAUCGCGCUCUUAUCUACGGCACCCCUUCAUCUCUUUCUGGCCACAGAAAAAUAUAUGUUUACUUGUUGAAAAUGAUUAAAACAAGAGUACACCGGUGAAAUUUAAGCUCCUUAUCGCUGUGAUUUCUGAAGAUCUGCAUCACCAAAUGACAUUCUAAAAAGACUUUCCACCAAUUAGAGAGGUGUAAAUAAAGUGAUGAAAAAAAGCAUGAAUUUUCACUCUAAAUUAAAACCACUAGUCCCAGGAAUGUCUGACAUGCCAUGUUGUUAAAGGAGGAUUUCAGUGAACUUGUCCAUGAAAGAGUGUCUGUCUUAGAAGCUGAUUUAUCUGUUUUUUUAAAUGGUUUUAUGUGUCGCUGGAGAGAGCACUCUUAGUGUAAGACUUUCUAUGUACAUAUUAAAAGUCUUGUGAUGAAAAAAACAAUCUAAAGGCUGUUUGGCGUGUUAUAUUUAAUCAGCCAUUUUCUUGUCAGACCUUAAAAAUAUGAGCAAGUCCUGCUUAACACAUCUGAAAUAAAUGCAUUGAA